UUGAGAUUGCUGAAGUCGAUUCAAAAUGCAGUGGGAACCGUCGUCGCUCAUCACGAUCGACGUCGGUGGCACGAGCCGCACGCUGACGUGGGGCGAAUUCACCGCGUCGGUCGCCGAGGCCCAAACCUCGAGCUUUAGCGCGUCGCUCGACCUCUUUUGGCUCCUCUUUGGCGGCGUCCUCGUCUUCCUCAUGAUGCUCGGCCUCGCGCUCCUUGAGAUCGGCUGCGUGCACAAGAAGAACACGAAACACAUCAUGAUCCGCAUCCUAUGCGACUGCUGCCUCACAGGCCUUACGUUCUACGCGACCGGGUACAGCUUUGCGUUCACGCACGGCAACGGCUUUAUCGGCUCGUCCGGCUUCUUCAUGCAAGGCGCCGACUUCACGGGUGCUUCGGCGACGCAGGCGUUCCGGGGCCACCACUACGCCGACUGGUUCUUCCAGUGGGCGAUCGCGUCCGUGGCCGUCAACAUUUGCCACGGCGCGGUCGCCGAGCGCAUCUCGCUGUCGGCGUACGCUGUCUACUCGUUCUGCGCGAGUCUCUUCAUCUACCCGGUCUGCGCGCACUGGGCGUGGGCCGAGACGGGCUGGGCGAGCAUGCUCAACGAAGGCAACCUCCUCUUUGACAUUGGCGUCAUGGACUUUGCCGGCACCGGGUGUCUGCAUAUGUUUGCGGGCACGUCGGCGCUCGUCGGGUGUCUCUUGCUCGGUCCGCGCCUUGGCAAGUUUACGGCCGAGGGCCACGGCCACCUCCCGUCGCAGUCGGUGCUGCUGCAAUUCAUGGGCACGAUGAUUCUCUGGUUUGGCUGGUACGGCUUCAACUGCGUCUCGACGCUGAGCCUCGAGGGCACAAAGGCCGACGUCAUGGCCAAGGUCGCGGUCAACCUCACGCUCUCGGCGUGCACGGCCGGCCUCGUCACGUCCAUCUUGUACAAGGCACUCGGGUACCUCCGCGUCUCGGCCGAAGCCGAGCGCAUGGGCAUGGACGCGUUCGAACACGGCGGGUCGGCGUACGACAAUGACGAGGACGCGCACCGAGGCACAGACUCGUACCGCGAUGUGCAGUCGCCCCAAGAAGAUCGCAAACACGCUGCUUGAUGCAUUUGAUAAGAAAUAUGCAAUGCUUUUUGUGUGAC